UCUGAUGCUGCUUGGCCCGCUGUCUUCUUCCAGAUCGACAACUUGUUAUCUCAGGAAUGACCAUAGGAUGUUCUGUUUCAUUGUGAGGGGAAGUGAAUGCAAGAGUCGAGAGGUCAUGCUUCCGUUAUAUAGGAGAUUGAUGUUUCCACGUCUGCAGUACUGUACAGUAUUACUCACUGUCCUUAUGGAAGGGUGUUAAAGUUGGAACCAGUUCAGAGAAGGUAAAUGUAAGACAGAGAAGGCAUCGAUGUAAUGGGGACCAGGUCAUACUGUAUUGGACUGAUGUGCUGCAGAACCAUGUCAGAAAUGUUGCAGAGCCCCAUGUUUCUGAUCCUCUUGAAUCUUGUCAUCUGUGGGAACACACAAGAAACUGGAAGGCUCAUGCUUUCUGUACAUCCCACAAAUGGGUUCGUAAAAGAAGGAGAGACUUUAAAAUUUCAAUGUGGGCCAAAAAAAACAAAAGGCGUUUCUUGGUACAAAAAUGGGCAGUAUUUCAGUUCUACACAGACUAACGUUUAUCAAACACUCGCGACCAGUGAAACUGGUGGGUCUUAUCACUGUGAGGUAUAUUUCCCACCACAAAAGAGUGAACCUGUUGAAGUUGUCAUCACUGAUAAAAAUGUGGCUUUCCAUGUUGUCCCAAUUUCACCUUUGGAAGGAGAGACACUGAAACUGAGUUGUCGUUUCAAAUUCAAUAUUCCAUUGAAGAAGGACUUUGUCUUUUAUCGAAAUGGCAAAGAAAUCCAUUCAAUGAAGCUCACAAACCGUGAAUCUUCACAUAGCAUUAAAGUAAACAGCACUGAUGGCAGUGGAUGGUACAAAUGCACAAUCGGUAUGUUUGAAUCCAGAAGUGUUAAAGUUCAAGUUCAAGUUCGAGCUCGGAGUUAUUCCACGGAGAUCGCGGCCUCGCUCGUCCCAGUUCUGCUGUUCGCCGGCCUGAUCGCGUCGGCGUGGUUCAUCCACCGGAGGGGCCACACAGGCAAUUCCUCACCUGUGUCACAGCCCAAGAGAUCCCAAGCUUCUGGUGAAGCGGCAGCAGCCAGCAACCUGGAGUAUGCAGUAAUCGGAGCAGCACACAAUGCUGGGUGUUUUGCCUGA